CUGGUUCGAAGUUCAGCCUUUAAAUAAACCUUACAAGGGAGCUUUGUUCAUCCAGCUUUCCAGAACUUUCCAGCAGACAGCCGCACUCAGGGGGCUUUAGCCGAGGAGCCAAAAGGACCAGGAAGUCUCAGAGAGUUAGUGAAGGAGAGCAGGUGAGAGACUGUAUGAAGAGUUAUAACCCAUCCGGGCUGCACUGUAAUGGGACAAAUGAAUGCAGCAGAAUGACAAAGGCAAAAGUUGACAUCACUUUGACAAAAUUUCAAGGAUUAUGGCGCCCCCUUCUGCUGGAACCAUGUGGGUAGGCAAACUGCUGGCCAUCGUGCUCCUGGCUGCUGUCGCAGUGGCUGAGGAGAAACUGAGCGAGCACACUGCUGCUCUGGCAGAUAACAGCAUCAAGCUGGGUCUGAGCCUCUAUCACACCAUGGCCAAGGACAAGGGCACUGAGAACAUCCUCCUCUCUCCUGUGGUGGUCGCCUCUUCCCUCGGCCUGGUGUCCCUUGCUGCCAAGGAGCCGACUGCCAGCGAGGCCAAAGCGGUGCUGGACAUGGGUAAGGUGCAAGAUGACAAGCUCCACUCGGCACUGUCCCAGCUACUCACCGAAGUCAGCAAUUCCACCGCGCGCAACGUGACCUGGAGGAUGGGCAGCCGGCUGUAUGGGCCAACCUCGGUCAACUUUGCCGAUGACUUUGUGAAGAAGAGCAAGAAGCACUACAAUUACGAGCCCUCUAAGAUCAACUUCCGGGACAAGAAGGGAGCCUUGAAGUCCAUCAAUGAGUGGGCGGCAGAGAGCACCGACGGCAAAGUCGCUGAGGCAACCAAAGAUCUGACAAAAACCGAUGGAGCUAUGAUCAUCAACGCCAUGUUCUUCAAACCUCACUGGGAUGAACAGUUUCAUCACAAGAUGGUGGACCAGCGCAGUUUCAUGGUGAGCCGGUCUCUCUCAAUUGGGAUCGACAUGAUGCAUCGUACAGGUCUUUAUAACUUCCAUAAGGAUGAAACCAACCAGGUGAAUGUGUUGGAGAUGCCCCUGGCCCACCAGCUAUCCAGCAUGAUGUUAGUCAUGCCACUCCAUGUGCAGCCUCUGGACAGGCUGGAGAAACUGCUGACCAAGGAGCAGAUCAAGACCUGGCUGGGCAAGCUUCAGAAACGGGCUGUGGCCAUCUCCUUGCCAAAAGUCAAGCUGGGGGUUAGCCACGAGCUGCAGAAACAUCUGGCCAGUAUUGGUCUCGCCACGGCGGUUGACAAAACCAAAGCCGACUUGUCGAAGAUCUCUGGGAAGAAAGACCUGUACCUGGCCAAUGUCCUCCAUGCUGCGGCGCUAGAAUGGAGCACUGAUGGAAACCCCUAUGAUGCGUACAUCUAUGGGCGGGAGGAGCUGAAGAACCCUGAAAUCUUCUACGCUGAUCAUCCGUUCUUCUUCCUUGUCAAGGACAAGAGGACAAACUCCAUCCUCUUCAUUGGGCGACUGGUGAAGCCUGAAGGCAGCAAGAUGCACGAUGAACUGUAGCCACUGAAUGGUUCCGGUGCUAAAGGGUGUAGCUGAUGCUCAAAUUGCAAUGUGUCUUUAAGUUGUUUUUUUCCCCCAAAAAAAGUCAACUAUUCUAUCUUGCAGAUUUGACAUCCUGUCUUUGGGUUAGAGUGUUAGGUGUGUAUUACCAUCUCCAAUUGCCCCUUUGGUGGGAUAUUGUCAGCCAGUUCACAGCCUGUUUGUCCCAAACCCCUGCCUCAAUCUUGGGUGGGCUCUCUGGCUCCAGAAGUAUUAUUGCUUCCACCUCUCAAUGUUUGUACUUUGAGCCAUUAGCAGGAAUAGUAUCAAACCCUACAUAGAAUCAAAUCAAACUAAAAGCAUAAGAACAGGACAUUCAGCCUAUCUAGUUUUUGCCAGCAGGUAUACCCUCCCCAAGAGUCUGCUCCUACUCUUAGUCUCCCCCUAUUCAUUUCACCUUCCUCUCACCACCCACCUUCCCUUUAAAUGCACUCCAGUAAUCCACCUCAACCACUUGAUUUGCAUUCUAACCUUCCCUGAGUAAACACGUUCUCCCUGAAUUCUCAGUGGAUUUUUAAGUUGAUGUCCCAAUAUGUUUUAACAAAAUGUGUUGACCACUUGUGGAAUUUCUUCUUGGCCACGGGAUGUGGAUGUCGUUGGCUGGGUCAGCAUUUGUUCUUCAGACUUAAUUGUCCCCAGAGAAGGUGAGGGUGAGCUGCCUUCUUGAACAGCUGCAGUCCAAGUGCUGCAGGUUGACCCACAAAGCCCUAUAGGGAGGAAAUUCCAGGAUUUUGAUCGAGCGACAGUGAAAGAACAGUGAUAUGUUUCCAAGUCAGGAUGGUGAGUGGCUUGGGGUGGAUCUUGCAGAUAGUGAUGUUCCCAUGUUUCUGCUGCCCUUGUCCUUCUAGAUGGAAACCGUCAUGGGUUUGGAAGAUGCUCUCCAAGGAUCCUUGGUGAAUUUCUGCAGUGCAUCUUGUAGAUAGUACACACGACUGCUACUGCAUGUUGGUAGUGGAUAAGAUGCCAAUCAAAUGGGUUAUUUUUGUCCUGGAUGGUGUCAAUAGCAAUUUCUUUUAAAAUCUCCAUCUUUUCUCAGGGAGUGCAGUUUCAAAUUCUCAAUGAGGGGCUGUGACUGGGACUUGAACAUGGCCAGCAUUGUGCAAUGGCUAUGGCUGGAAGCUGAUGUGUAGUUUUCAUUCUCAUUCACUUGGAGCUGAGCAAUUUGUAUGCUAUAAACACCGGGUGAUGUGUGAAUCUGAGAGAGCUGGAAGUUAGCUGAGGUGACUAUUUAUCAGUAAAUCAGUCUAGUUGCACCACAUGGAGUACAUUACUUUGACUUGUCAGAGCAAACUUGUGGCUUAUGCUCCCCACUGACCUCCUUCCACCUUAUUUCAUCUCAACCCAGCACCCUCGCUGCUGUGUGUCAUUGAAUUUCCCUUUUAAAUACACCACUUGCAAUUCCCUUCAGUAUGAUAGAAACUUCCAUGCUCCGGCUCCUGAAUUCCCUUUAGAAUGAAUCUUAUGAGUUCUGUACCCCCACUAUGAAUGCUUUGCUGAAGUGGUACUGAGGUCUGCAGUAAACCUGGCAGGAACUCUGAGGUACCCUGUCCAGUUGGAGGAGAAUUAUCCCCCAAAUUCUUUUUUUUUUUAAAAAAAAAAGCCAGAAACUGACUGUGAGAAUGUCACCUGUCAGGGCCAUGUUGAAAGUCUUGGGGAGAAAGAUGAUGAGCGAGACCCAGCUCAUGAGAUUGCAUCGCUCUUCAAUUCUUAGCCUGAUGCUGCAGGUACUCAGUUCCUGAAUGAUUUAUUCCAAUUAACUGCAAAACUUGCUCAGUAUGAACAGCGUUAAAUGCACGGGUGGUAUCCCAGGGUGUUUCGGUAAGAGCUGGUGGGUUCUUAUACAUGUCACCUGGAAAACGGACUUAACUUAGUGGAGGUAGUGUGUUACUGUUCACUUAGCCGGACUUGCUAUGGUAACAUGGUGUAGUCUGGAGCUAUAGAUAAUGAUAAUAGGGGCACCGAUGGUCUUCUCAUGGCGCAACUGGUCUGGAAUCUUCCUUGCUGUUACCACCUGCUGUUGGCGGGAUUUGCAGUUUGGCCCUUGGUCUGGUUGGCUGCAGGCCUUGAACCCGGCACUCCUGGAGCAGAGGCAGUGACACUACCCCCUGCACCAAAGACCUGCGAUAACGAAGACCAACACAUGUGCAAAUCAGUUUGUUGUCAAUAAAUAACUCUCGCACGUGAGCCAGCUUGUGUAAUACUACUCAGACAGUCAAGAAUGAGGCUGAAUCAGUUUUUGUGUUGGGAGCAGUCCAUGUACGUUCCAAACAGGGGUUUGGUGAUGAAAUAUCUCAUCGAAAGAAAGUUCUUUCAUUGCUCUACCCAUCGACUGACUGACUGUGGAUUUACUCAUGUUACAGGAUUUCUUGGCCACACAUCUGUGAAGAUGGUUUAGUGGUGACUGUUACAACAUUUGUGUGAAACCGCUUUUUGGUUACGUUUCACAAUAAAAAUUGAAACGACAAA